AUGUCGGACUCUCCAUUUCUCCAGGCUUCCACAAAUCCUGCUGCCCACGCCCAACUUGGAGCCAACACUGACUCGGAUCCAACACUCUACGACACACCUGAUGGACACGCGCUCGUUCGCGGACUGCUCAAGGCUCUCCCAUAUGAUCCUCAUGAUUAUAUAAUAUCAGGGAUAUGCCCCAUUCUAGAUGGAAGGGACUUGCUGGCAACGUUGGUGACAGGUGGAGGCAAAACAGGAUACUUUGUGAUGCUGAUGAUCGUGAUAUCUGCGAUCGCGAAGGAUCCAAGCUGUGCGGGCUCCCGUAAAACAUUCCCCAAAGACCCUGCAAUGGUUAUUAUAUGCCCCACCAAAGCUCUCCAAGAAACUAUGUCAGCAAGCAUUAUUGAGCUUGGACUUUCCACUCUUGUAAUAAACGGAGAUACUUAUCUCUCUGCCCUUCAAGUACAAAGAGAUCUCUGGAAAGAAGCAUGUCAGAAGUUCACGAUGAUUCUCCUAUCACCUGAAGAGCUCUCCAGUGCAGGAUUUUCUUCACUUCUUGACAACCCUGAGUUCUCUGCUCAUCUUUGUGGUCUAGGAAUGGAUGAAGCUCACCUGAUUUACUGGUGGGGACGAAGCUUUCGCCCCAUGUUUCAGCAAAUUGGCCUUGUCCGAGCAAGAAUGCCGCUCAGAAAUGGCCAUCGUAUACCUGUUGUUGCCGUGACAGCAACACUCAGAGUAGGGGAACCUAUGGCGUGUAUUUGCAAGGUUCUGGGCCUCAUUCCUGGAAAGUAUCAUUUUCUACGACGUUCCAAUGUCCGCAAUGAUAUCCAGCUCAUUUUCCGAGAGCUUCAAUCUGGUUUGGGAGGAUAUAAUUUUCCCGAGCUUGAUUGGCUCCUCGGGGAACAUGACAACACCAUUGUUUUUUGCAAAACAAUUUCCUUGGGUUUUAAAGUUGCCUGUUAUCUCUGGGCAAAAGCCAGCCAUCUCCCCGAUCGAUCAAAACACAUCCGUAUGUUCAACUCUUUGAACUGGCAAUCAUACAAUUCCGAUACACUCGGAUUUUUGAACAACAACAACCAACAAUCCUCAAUAACUAUUGCCACAGACACCCUCAGUGUUGGCUGGGACAGUAAAUUUACUCGGAAUGCAGUGAUUCUUGGGGAACCAAAUGACAUUGACGAGUUUUUGCAAAAAAUCGGACGCAUUGGACGCAAUCGGGCAGCUGUACCGUCUCCGCGUGCAUUUCUAUAUUAUAGUCGGGGUGCUCUCGCAAGUGCACGGGCUGUUGUGGACUCUGUGGAUAAAUCAGGGAGCACCAACAGACAUUCAACGGACAUGCAAAAUGGUGAUAGCACCGGAGAUACUGCGAAAAAAUCGAAACGGAAAGCUCCCAUCAAAGAUGGCUCGGAAUCACUCAUGGACAUCACAAUGGCGUGCUUACUGCUAGCCCAAUGUAUAUCCAAAGCCAUUGAUGAACCUUAUGACAACCCCAUUGACGAUAUCCCUUGCAUGUGCAAAUCCUGCCGUGAUAACCCACCUGUUCCUCGACGGCGUAGGUGUAACUGUAGUGGCCCUCAAUGCAACCCCGAAAACACACCAGGAUCUUCUGUGGCAAGACUUGCAAAGAAUGGUUGA